UCGUCAGAUGAAGCCUCUUCAGAGUUUCUGGUGUCAGGACCAGGUCAUCUGUUAUGUUUUCAUGUAAUUUAUGGACAGUUAUUUGAAACUCCUGUAGAAAAUGUUUCAUGUGAUUUUAUUCUGUUGGUGCUGGUGGAGUCUGAUGGCAGUGUUUGGUUCUGAGUCUGUGUCAGUGACUGAAGGAGGGUCUGUUACUCUCCACAUGAAUAUCACUGAACAACAGAGGAAAGACGGAAUCUCAUGGAAGUUUGGACCCACAGAUAAUAAAAGUCUCAUAGCUGAAAUCAAGGAUGGGAAUAAUGCAAUAAAGUUAUAUGCUUAUAGACCUGAUGGGAGAUUCAGAGACAGACUGAAGCUGGAUCAAACCGGAUCUCUCACCAUCACAAACACCAGAAUCACACACUCUGGACUUUAUCAAAUAACCACCAGCAACCACGAGGAGCUACUCAACAAGAUAUUCAACAUUACUGUCUAUACUCGUCUGCCUGUUCCUGUCAUCUCCAGAGACUCUUCUCAAUGUUCUUCAUCUUCAGUGUCAAACUGUUCUGUGUUGUGUUCAGUGAUGAAUGUGUCACAUGAUGUGAGUCUCUCCUGGUAUAAUGAAAGCCGUGUACACUCCAGCAUCAGUGUGUCUGAUCUCAACAUCAGACUCUCUCUACCUCUGGAGGUGGAAUAUCAGGACACAAACACAUACAGAUGUGUCAUCAACAAUCCCAUCUCAAACCACACACAACAUCUACACAUCACUCAUGUCUGUCAGCCGUGUGCAGUGAACUCUUCAUCAGAUCGAGUAUCAGACCUUUUUGCAGGUUAUAUAAUCCCUCUCUCUUGUGCCGCUGGAUCUCUGAUGAUUGUAACUGCACUUCUGAUCUUCUGCGUCUACAGAAAACAUAGAAAAACAAAUCAAGAAGAUCAGUCCGGUGAAGAGGAGAUCACAUACGCAGAUCCAACAUUUUAUAAAAGACAAACACACAAACAGAGAUGUGCAGUGGAGGAUGAAGUGGUGUAUGCAGGUGUCAUGAGAAGAUGAUCAAACAAGCUCUCUGUAAUUGGACAUUCAGGUUACAGUAAAUAUCUGUUAGUUCAUACAACAAUUAUAAUUUUGACAUUUCUUGUCACCCUUUUGUUGUCCAAACCUCUUAUCUUAACAAAAACACAUUUUAAGUGUUGUUUUGGGCUUUCUAGUUACAAUAUGAGUAAAUACAUAAUCAAUGACCCCCUUCUCAAAUUUCAAAAGGACACUCGAGGCUGGAAAUAGGGGCGAGUUUGGGGGGACUGAGUCCAUUGAGUAAAUGUAAAGGGGGCCGGAGUUCCAGUUCAGAAUAUAGAGGGAUUCCAUCUUUAUUUCACAUAACAGCCCCAUAACAGCAAAUUUCAUAUAUUGACAUUUCUUCUGAGAUAAUAUAGUAAGAGAGAUACUUGUAUAAUAAAAAUGGGUUAUUUUUUGUCAACUCAUGCUGAGUCCCUGGCUGAAUACUUUGAUUUUGAUCAAUCUUUUUUAGAGAAAGAAAUACUUAAAUCAUAAAGAAAAGGCAAACUGUUAAAUGCAUGUAUAAAUAUUUACAGAAUGACACAGAAUAACCGAGAUGCAUUGAUUAAAACAUACAUGAAUGAUGUGGGAGCAGAUCAUUCUAAAAUCUUGACUGUUGUUAUUUUUAUGACAGUAAAAACCUUAAAUUGUUUUUAUAUCACAGACUUUUUACUUUUAACAUUAUACGAUUCUUAUGAUAAAUCUUACAUCAAAUCUGGGCUGUGUUUUUAUCUGCUGUUAGUCUGGAAAUGUAAAUGUCAAACAUUACAAUUAGCUAAAUAGUAUUGUCAAUCAGUGUAGCAAGAAUAAAGGCAUGUACAGUAUUUGGGUUAUUAAAUGUUUUUGAACUAUCUGUUUUAUAAAAAGCUAGGGCUGUUCUUGGCGAGCAAAACCAUCUGCUGUCUGAUAAAAUGUUACUGCUUCCUUCUUUUAGUCGCUUCAGAAUACUGCAAUCAGCAAUCAGUUUUUACUGCUAUAAGGUUUUGAAAAGUGAAUGUUAUGUUAACCCGUUUACUUUCGGUUUCAAGGAAAGAAACGAUGUUCAAAUGCCAAUUUGGUUUUAAUCAUUUGUAAAUAUAAUGUUAUUAAAAGUGUUGUGUUUAGUUAUAUGGU